CUGCUGAUUGUGAACAAAUGGGCCACCCGCGUCGUAUAUCCACUCCAGCAACCUCAGAAAGGGACAAAUUGCGCCCAGUCUUCAGAGAGAGAGAGGUGUCACGACUCACACUUGGUUUUCUCCAUAAACCCUAGACCUUCAAACGCCGACCCUCAUAGUCCUGUCUGCAACAUGGCCACUCGAUGGGGCAUCAUCAGCGCCGGGUUGACAUCCAGUGACUUCGUGUCGGCGAUGCAAGUCCUCCCAAAGGAGGAGCAUCAGGUGGUGGCAGUGGCCGCGCGCUCCCUGCAGGACGCCAAAAACUUCGCAGCCAAGUUUGACAUCGAGAAGGCUUAUGGGUCGUACAGCGAGGUGGCCAACGAUCCCAACGUGGACGUGGUGUACAUCGGCACCAUCCAGACCUACCACCUGCCAGUGGCCACCGAGAUGCUGAAGGCGGGGAAGGCCGUGCUGUGCGAGAAGCCGUUGUGCAUGAACGUGAGGGAGACCCGGCAGCUGAUACAGACGGCACAGGAGUGUGGCGUCUUCUUCAUGGAGGCUGUCUGGUCCAGGUUCUUCCCGGUCUACAAAGAGUUGUCUCGCAGGCUGAAGGACGGAGAGAUAGGCGAGGUGGUGCAGGUCAUUGCGUCUUUCGGCAAGAAUUUGCCUCAUGUGGAAAGACUUCAGCGGCCGGAGACGGGCGGCGGUGUGACAUUGGAUAAUGGCAUCUACCCGGUGCAACUGACCACUCUGGCUAUGGGCGGAGACAAGCCCCUCAAGGUGCUCGCCGGGGGCCAUCUGAACAAGAAUGGCGUGGACGAGACCAUCAGCGCCUGCCUCGUGUACUCCAACGGGCGUGUGGCUUCCCUCUCUGCGUCUAUGAGAGCCGAUCUUCCCUCUGAGGCGUUCAUUGUCGGCACUAAGGGCACCAUAAAGGUUCACUGCCCAAUGAAGUGCCCCGAAGUCAUGGAGGGUCCGUGGGGUAAAUCAAUACACCCGCUGCCGAAGAAUUCCUUGACAUUCAACUCAAACAACAGCGAGGGAAUGAUGUACGAGGCGGCGGAGGUGCGCAGGUGCCUCAACGAAGGUCUGCUGGAGAGUCCCGGGAUGCCUCACGCAGAGUCCAUCACGUUGGCGGAGGUCAUGGAGCAAAUCCGGACCCAGGUGGGGACUGUGUAUCCUCAGGACUCCAUGUAAACACUGCACGCCGGCGCCACUGAAGGCAGGCGGCGCUCCAGGAUGAGAUCUAUGGAAAUUAUCCUCCUAUGAUGUGUCACCAAUAAAAAUAAUGAGAAUA